AUGGCCAACCUCAGUGCCGAGAACAAAACAUUCUAUAAUGAAAGUCACUUCAGUGAACUGGAUUACUUGGAGCAGAAUCUCGGGGUCCGGCAUCUGGACACGCCCUCUCUUGUUAUUCUGACCACUGUGUAUUUAAGCAUUUUUCUAUCAGGGACUGUUGGGAAUAUAUGCACGUGCAUCGUGAUCGCCAGGAACCGUCACAUGCACACGGCUACCAAUUACUACCUAUUUAACCUAUCCGUUUCGGACUUAGCCACGUUGAUACUAGCUCUUCCUCAGGAGCUUUACAUGGUGUGGGAGGCCUAUCCCUGGCGUCUUGGUGAGGGUUUCUGUAUUAUCAAAGCCUUUGUCACUGAAAUGUCUGCUUAUGCAUCCAUUCUUACCAUUACUGCCUUUACGUUUGAAAGAUGGGCAGCUAUAUGUCAUCCAAUGAAAUUACAAAAACUCUCCAACUUGUCCCGAGCCAUAAAGGAGAUAAUAGUGAUAUGGAUUCUGUCCAGUAUCUGUGCCCUGCCUUAUCCAAUACAUACUCGAACGUUUUACGCCUUGGUACAUCCUGUGACGUCAGAACCGCUUCUGGCUUCUGUAGUCUGCAGCUUUCCUCCAGAGUGGCGUGAAUUGAUGCAGCUGUUCCUUCAGUUAUCAUCUUUUGUAUUUUUUGUGUUACCCAUGACUCUCAUAACUCUCAUAUAUAUCCGCAUCGGAGUAACUCUUUACAAAUCGGAGGUGGUGGGGGUUCAGCAGAAUUCUUCAGGAGCAGAAUGCCCAGCACGUAAACAAAGAAGAAAAGUGUACAGUGUAACACAGGCUCGCAAGUCCGUACUUAAAAUGUUAGUUGCUGUGGUGAUAGCGUUUUUUGCUUGCUGGGCACCAUUCCACGCCCAGCGUCUCUGGACUAUCUACAUGAAUAAAGACCACUGGACACCCGAGCUUCUGGACCUCCAAAAUCACGUGUUCUUCCUGUCAGGCGUGUUGUACUUCUUCAGUGCUACCAUUAAUCCCAUCCUAUACAAUCUGAUGUCGAAAAAGUACAGACAAGCAUUCAGACAAACCAUGUGUGGUCGCCUUCGUCGUCACGAUCCCCGCAGUACCUACGCUUCCUCUUACAGCCCCUCCCGACAGAGAACGCUCAACUUUGGUUACUCUAAAGUAACCAAGUCCACAGCUGCACAAUUUACCAUUGAAGAAACGGAAAAUACAUUUGCAGAAAGUCGUGCAUAAUUAAUGAUAUUUUUUAUUAUAGGAAAUUAACAUAAUGAAUUGAAACGAAACAUUGAUUUUUUUAAAGGUAGACUGUCUCUUUUCCAUGUCCUGGGGCCCGUUUUACCAAAGAAUUUAUGACCAAGAUCAAAAACUUAAGAUAAUUGCAAAAUUUUGCAUAAU